AGCAAAAAAAAAAAAAAAAACAGAAGAGCGCUACUCUCCUGUUUAAGCUCUCCACCACUCGAAAAAGGCGAACUCUGAAGAAGUGUUUCCUCCCUAUUCCCCCCCUCAAAAACCCUCGCUUUCUCCUCCCCAAAACCCUAAUCUCUCGAUCUCCAUUAUCCAUGGCGUCUGCAUCACCUACAAACCCGUUGAAGAGGCCUCCGGAGUCUCCGCCCGAGGAGGGGUCGGAUUCCGCGGCGGCGACGAAGAAGAAGCCGAAGCGAGAGCUCCAACAAUUCGAACCGAGAAGCUACCAGGUAGCGGUUUUCGAGGUGGCGAUGCGGCAAAACACGAUCGCCAUGCUGGACACGGGUUCGGGGAAGACGAUGAUCGCGGUGAUGCUCAUGAAGCAGAUCGCCAAGGAGAUCAGGACGAGCGGCGGAGAUCGUAGUAGGAGGCUCAUCGUGUUCCUCGCUCCCACCGUGCAUCUCGUCAUCCAGCAAUAUGAGGUGAUAAAGAUUCACACUGAUCUCGGAGUCGAGAACUACCACGGUGCGAAGGGAGCUGACUCGUGGACGGCGGAGUUUUGGCAGCAACAACUCUCAACAUACCAAGUCAUGGUUAUGACACCCCAAAUACUGUUAGAUGCUUUGAGGAAAGCUUUCUUAAUGCUGGAUGAUAUACGUCUUAUGAUACUUGAUGAGUGCCAUCGUGCCACUGGCAAUCAUCCUUAUACGAGGAUAAUGAGGGAAUUUUAUCACAAGUCUGAAGUACGGCCAAAUGUUUUCGGAAUGACUGCAUCACCAGUUAUAAGGAAAGGUGUCUCAUCAGUUAUAGACUGUGAAGAUCAACUUUCUGAACUCGAAAACCUCCUGGAUGCUAAGAUCUAUACGGUAGCAGAUAGAAGCGAGAUAGAGUAUUUUGUUCCUUCAGCAAAAGAAGUCAAUCGAUAUUAUGACCCAAAGCUGGCUUUAUAUGACGAUUUAAAAGAACAAUUGGGAGAAUUGCUAUCUAAGUAUGAUAAUUCACUAGCCCAGUUGCAGAAUUCACCAUCUUAUCAGUAUAAAGAUGCCGAUGAAAUAAUCAAAGCAUCUAGAAAGCGUCUGUCUAAUAAUCAUGCAAAGAUCUGCCAUUGCCUUGAUGAUGUUGGUCUUAUUUGUGCUAUUGAGGCUACGAAAAUCUGUACAGAAACCCUUCAUCUACCUUAUACUCCAGAUAGUUGCAAUCUUUCUUUGGAGAAUUUGCAGCACCAUAAAGAUUUCCUCAAGGAAGUUUUGCAUACAAUUGAAGAGAACUUGCAUGAUGGUUAUGAAACGCUUCUAAAUUCUGAAGGUGGCUGUUUAGAAGCAACAAAAUUGGGCUAUGUAUCUUCGAAGCUUUAUGAACUUAUUCAAAUCUUUCAAUCAUUUGGCGUGCCCAGACAAGUGCUUUGUCUCAUAUUUGUGGAGCGAAUCAUCACUGCUAGAGUGGUAGAGCGGCUGAUAAGGAAAAUAUGUUAUUUAUCACAUUUCAUUGUUUCUUACCUUACUGGAGGGAGUUCUUCGGUAGAUGCUUUGACCCCUAAAGUGCAAAAGGAGACUUUAGAUUCAUUUCGAUCUGGAAAGGUUAACUUACUGUUUACGACUGAUGUGGCUGAAGAAGGCAUUGACGUCCCGCAGUGCUCAUUUGUGAUAAGGUUUGACUUACCGAAAACAGUUCGUAGUUAUGUUCAGUCUCAUGGGCGAGCACGGCAGUCUGCUUCUCAAUAUAUAAUCAUGCUUGAGCGGGGAAAUGUUAUGCAAAGAGAUCUACUAUUUGAUAUUAUGAGGAGUAAACAUUCUAUGACAGACACAACUUUACAUAGAGACCCCGAUGCCUACUCAUUUAAAUUACCCGGUGAUGAAGAAACAUAUGAUUAUUACAUUGACUCAACUGGUGCAAGAGUAACUGUUGAUUCCAGUGUCAGCCUCAUCUAUAAAUACUGCGAAAGGCUCCCUAGAGAUAAAUACUACACUCCAAGACCAAUUUUCCAAUUCACUCAGUAUGGUGGUUCCUAUGAGUGCACAUUAACAUUACCUCCUAAUGCUGUUUUCCAAACAUUGGUUGGCCCUGUCAGUAGAAAUUCCCACAAAGCAAAGCAACUUGCAUGCCUUGAUGCUUGCAAAAAGCUGCAUAAGAUGGGAGCACUUGAUGAUUAUCUCACGCCUCGUAUUGAAGAAAUUUUGGAACAUGAGAAUGAUAAAAAAACAAAAAAGACAGCUGAUGGUGCAGGAACAACGAAGAGAAAGGAGUUGCAUGGGACAACCACUAUUUCUGCUAUGUCAGGAACUUGGGCCCACCAGAAGGCUGGCGUGACAUUACAGGGUUAUAAGCUAGAAUUCCAGUGUGAUAAAGUUGGCCAGAAUUACUCGAACUUUGUUCUAUUAAUUGAUGCAACACUCGAUGAAGAUGUUGCUUCUCUAGAACUGAAUCUUUACUUGCUUGACAAGAUGGCUAAGGCGACUGUUUCUCGAUGCGGGCCAAUCGAGUUGGGUAUGGAGCAGGUGGAGCAAGCGAAACUGUUCCAGGAACUUUUCUUUAACGGAUUAUUUGGCAAAUUGUUCAUGGGAUCAAAAUUAUCCGGGGUUCCCAGACAAUUCUUGCUAAAAGAAGAUGAUACUUUGCUGUGGAGCACUUUAAACAUGUAUUUACUUUUGCCCCUGAAACCUUCAAGUGUUCAAGAUCAUGGUGGUGUAAGCAUCAACUGGGAAGGAAUUAAUGAAAGCGCUUCACUCGUUAGGCUUAUGAGAAAUAUUCACUCGCCAACAGCUAAAAAUAACUUACUUGACGGGUCAAGCAAUAAUAGCACCAACGAAGAAGAAGAUAUUAUUCACUUAGCUAACAAGUCUGAAGUGCGUCAGAAUGUUAAGAAUAUUGUAGUUUUGGCUAUCCAUACAGGGAAGAUAUAUUCUGUUCUUGAAGUCAGUACAGAUUUAUCAGCUGAUAGUCCAUUUGAUGGGGCUUCUGACAAUCCAGCAUCAGCAUACAAGACAUUCUCAGAGUACUUUAACAAGAAGUAUGGCAUUGUGUUAAAGCAUUCUACGCAACCUUUACUGUUAUUGAAGCAUAGCCAUAACCCACAUAACCUUCUAUCUUCAAAAUCCAAGGAUGAAGGUGACGCAGUUGCGGCAAAAACACACAAUGGCAGCAUACCCGUAAGAAAACCACAGAAUCAUGUUCACAUGCCUCCAGAGCUUCUAGUUCACAUCAAUAUACCUUUGGAUGUUUUGAAAUCUUUUUACCUGUUGCCUUCUUUAAUGCACCGAAUGGAAUCUCUAAUGUUAGCCAGCCAACUUAGAAGGGAAGUUGCAUUUAAUCCAAGCAAUUCUUGCAUACCAAGUUCUCUGAUUUUGGAAGCAAUUACGACGAUGAGAUGCUGCGAGGACUUCUCUUUGGAGCGUUUAGAACUAUUAGGGGACUCUGUACUAAAAUAUGCAGUGACCUGCCAUCUCUUUUUAAAAUUUCCUGAGAAGAACGAGGGGCAGCUAUCUUCCCGAAGGACCCAAAUUAUCUGCAAUGCCACGCUUCAUAGGCUGGGUAUGAAACGCAACAUACAAGGUUACAUUCGUGAUUCUCCAUUUGAUCCCCGCCGUUGGCUUGCUCCUGGACAAAUUUCAAUACGCCCUGUUCCCUGUAAGUGUCCUGUGGAAGAUUCCGGUUUCUCAAAGAAGGGCAUUUAUGUCAAUGAUGACAAUAAGUCUAUUGUAAUCGGGAAGUCUUGCGACAAAGGGCACAGGUGGAUCUGCUCUAAAACAAUUUCCGAUUGUGUUGAGGCUCUGAUUGGAGCAUAUUACGUUGGGGGUGGACUAAGUGCGGCAAUUGCAAUUUUACAAUGGUUUGGAAUUGAUUGUGAAUUCGAGCAUGAACUUAUUGUUGAGGCCACGAGGACCGCAUCUAUAUGGGGUUACCUUCCUAAAAUUGAUGAGAUUGAAAUACUUGAAGCAAAACUGGGGUACAGGUUUGAUGUUAAAGGUCUUUUGUUGGAGGCAAUAACACAUGCAUCUCGACAAGAGUUAGGAGCUUGGUACUGCUAUCAGAGGCUUGAGUUUCUGGGUGAUGCAGUGCUGGACAUACUCAUUACUUGGCACCUCUUUAAGAACCAUGAAGAUGUAGACCCUGGGGAGCUGACAGACCUACGAUCGGCAUCUGUAAACAAUGAGAAUUUUGCGCAAGUUGCAGUCAAGCAUAAGCUUCAGCAUCAUCUGCAACAUGGUUCAGGAUUGCUGUUAGAGCAGAUAACAGAGUAUGUAAAAGGACUAGAAGAUUCUAAUGAGGAGAACUACUCCUUAAUGUUGAAAGGUCUAUCUAAAGGGCCUAAAGUACUUGGAGACAUUGUAGAAAGUAUAGCAGGUGCAAUACUGAUAGACACAAAGCUCGAUCUGAAUAAAGUGUGGGAGAUUUUCAAACAAUUGCUUUCGCCCAUUGUAACACCUGAGAAUCUUGAGCUGGCUCCUUAUCGCGAGCUUACUGAGUUGUGCAGCCACCAUGGGUAUUUUUUAAAGGUAUCUUGCAUGAAUGAGAGAGAUGUAGUAGUUGCUAUUCUUGAGGUUCAAUUAAAGGAUGUCCUAUUAAUAAGGCAAGGCCGUGAAAGGAGUAAAAAGGAUGCAAAAGGUCAAGCAGCUUUCUUAUUAUUGAAGGACCUGGAGGAAAGAGGACUAUACCACUCUAGGUAUGCAUCCAAAAGGCAAUCUGAAGAAAAUGAUGUCGAGAUAAAAAAUACUGAAGAUUCUCAUGACAUCACUAUGGAUAAGGACAAGCCAACACAACCAAGGGAGAAAGAGUUGACUGAUUCAGGAAACAAUAGGGGUGAUUCUGUCCUAAGCGCACCUGCACAUUUGACUGUCAAAAUGCAGAAAGGAGGGCCUCGAACUGCACUGUAUGAGCUCUGUAAAAGAUUGCAGUGGCCGAUGCCUAGCUUUGAGUCAAAUGCGGAGAAGUUGAGCGAGGAUAUAGUUUGCCCUGGUUUGAGGGGCGGAGUAGGACCUCAAAUCUUCGUCUCAAACAUCACACUGCAUCUACCGAAUUGUGCGGUCAUCAACCUCACGGGAGAACGGCGCCCUGAUAAAAAGAGUUCGCAGGAUUCGGCGGCAUUAGUCAUGCUCUAUGAGCUCGAGAGACGGGGCAAAUGCCUCAUUAAGGAAAUAUAAGGGGUUGACAGAUCUGCAUGCAUAUAUAUGCUGUGGAUAUACUAAUUGGCAGGGUGAUAUUUCUUUCCUUUUCAUCCUCAUCGUUGUGAAGUAUCCUACGCCGAAAGAGUGUUCUGAUGAUUCUGGGCCCUUUCAUUUGUUCCGAUCGGUGUAGCCAAGUGCUCGAUGAUGUUAUGCCCUUUGAUCUAUUUCCAUUCUUGUAAUUAUCCACCAUAGCUUCCAAAGAUUAUUCCAAUGGAGAUGGUCCUCACCUUGUAUCAUAUAACAUGAGAAGAGCAUUUAUUUACCAUUUUCUAGGGAGAAUGUUUUAACCUUUUCCAUUAGCUGCUGCGUACCUAUGGAAGAGCACUCGUUCUGCUUAAAUAUAUGUCCUAUCGAAGUUAAAUGUAGCCUUAUUUCUUUAUAAACUAUGCAUAUUCUCUUUCUCUGUAACAUGCCUAGAGAUACUGCUAUAAUGAUGUAGCUGGUAUUUUUACCAGAACUUUGUCAAA